GCUAAAUCGCUCAGCUGCCACCCCUCACCCAAGACACACCCUAAAAUUACACUUAACCGCGUCUAACAAUACCCUAACCACCCACUGCGUACUCACUUCUAAACUUAAAUGAGAACGUCGCCCAAAAGCAGUAAUGAAUGUGAAAGUGUCUAGUUGUUUAUAAGUGACAAGAGCUGUGGUACCGGAGAGCGGAUUACGCGAGGCGGAACGCGAUGGCGGAGAGGGGAGCGGGGCGACGAGCGAGAAAGCUAUAGCGGGCAGCGGCAGCGGGAGCGAGUGAGCAAGCCACGCGCGCCGGCGGGCAAGCUAUGCCAUUUAGUCCCGCGCAGCGCGCCGCUCGCGUCGCCCGCCUCCGCUGUCGCGUCCGCUGUUAUGAAAGUCAAACUAGCCAAAGGGAUGCGUUCGAAGAACAUGGAUAAACUUAUAGCCGCUGUCCAGGCUAGAGAGUGCCUCUGGGACAAAAGCUAUAGAGGACACAGGAACCGUUUUAAGCUGGAGCGGUAUUGGAACGAAGUUGCCGCGGAAGUGGGGACUAGCAGUCUAAACUGCCGCAAACGCUGGAAGAACCUAAAAGACCAAUGCCGCAAAGAGAUGAAAAAGAACCCCAACGAGUCCGAAUGGCCCCACUUCCCCAAGCUCAAGUUCAUCCAUCACCAGUUCCUGGCUGAAGAAGACGAAGACGAGGGUGACACCAAUGAUGAAGUCUUUAACGCUCUAGACGAUUCGAUAAAAAGACCAAAGCUAGGGUACACUAUGAGGAAGAAGUUUCUCAUGAAUAAGAGGAGGACAAUAGAUGUGGAUAUGAAUAAGUUGAUAGAGUUGGUAAGGGCAAGGGAUAUUAUAUGGAAUCGGCAGCUGAAGGGGCACCAUAAUUGGUACAAGUUGGAUGAGAGUUGGAAGGAGAUUGCGCAAGAGUUGGGAGUCACACGUGACGAAGCGAGACUCAAGUGGAAAUACCUCAGAGACCAAGCGAGAAAGGAGGUCAGGAAGCAAGAUUCAGAAUGGGAAUAUUUACCUAAACUACAAUUUUUAACCAACCAAUUCAACGAUUACGAGGAGACGCCAGGAACUGAGGAUCAUUUCGCUGAUCACGACUUCGAGGCGCCAGAACAAAGCAGUAGUUAUUACAAUAUAGAAGUACCGGAAGCGACGAAUGUCAGCGUGAAAGACGAUGAAUUUGACGAGUUUGAUACUAAGCCUAUAAUUAUGGAGACUGAUUUUUAUGACGAUGAUGAAGAAGUCCCUAAAAGCCCUUGUACAACGGCCGGGCAAGAAGUUAGUGAGCCUGCGAAGGACGAAGAUAUAGGUUUCUUUAACAGUCUCUUGCCGCAUGUGAGAAAACUUGGGCCAGCGAAGAAGCUGAUGCUUAGAAUGAAAAUUCAGGAGUUGGUUUAUAAUACGGUUUAUAAUGAGACGUAAAAUAUCAGAAUGAUUUUAUAGCGAUACUGCCAAGAUGAUUGUAAUUGCAGCUAAUUUUGUCCUAAAUAUAAACAGAUUAUGUUCAAAAGAAAGUUAUUAUUUUGUUUGAGUUGAUGAUUAGUGUAAGAAAGACAAUAUUUCGUACCUAUUUUAUGUUUUGGUUACCAAUGUCUAUCUAUACUGUGGAAAUUGUACUUUUUAGGAAUAUUCGCAAUUUGGUAUCUCAGUCACGAACAUUCAUGUAAAUCAACUUUAACGCAUUUACGAAACCAUGGCUGCCAAAAAUGUAUUGAUUUAACCCUUUAACGGGCAAGACUCAAAAAAAUCGUGAGUUCAAACCUCAUCGCCAUCCUGUAGUCCUAAAAAUUCUAUACAGGAAAAAAAUACAAAAAGAUAGUCAUACAGGGUGGUCUGUUUUGAGACCAGUGCCCUAUAAAGGGCUAAAGAAUCCUUUUUUUCAGAUUUCAUAUUCUGACAUUUCCAGAUACAUUCACAAAGUAGGUAUAUUUCACGUAAUUCGUAUCUUCUUAAAUUAUCGCUAUCGUUAUCAGUGAACCAUAUCAUAUUUCGUAAAAAACACUCAGGGCGUCCUUCAGACCUCAGAUAAAUAGUUAUUUGUAGCUCUAUAAAUGAUAAGGUACAAUUUACUAAGUUAUAAUACAUAUGUUUGAAAUAAAUGUCUACAAAAAAUAAUAUGAUUGAAGAAAAUAUAUACGCCUGUAAUCAAAUAGACUGUGAUUCAAAUUGUCUCAAUUUAGAGGAUUUUUAAUUGUACUUUAUAAUGUAAACUAAUUUUCUUUAUAAUUCAACAAUACCCCUUUUUAGUAUUUUAUCUCAUUUUUUUAUAUUUUUUGUGUCGUCGGACGCAAUUUGCAUUUUAUUCAUUAGCCAAGAAAAGGGUUAACAAAAAUAUUAACAGUAUCUUGCGAUUAGUUUUAAAACCAAAAUAUUUUAAGUUAUAUUAAGUAUUUAGUUUCACAAAUAAUUUGUAAGUAGAUAUACUCGUACGAUGUGACGUGCUGGUAGGUGUGUACCUACAUUUUUAUGUUUGAAAUAUUUAAUUGAAUUUCUAUCAAAAUAAAAUUACACACAAAUA